CUCCUGUUUGAAUUCAAUACGAGUGGACAGCUGGAUGCUCGAUGCAGCAGCUUUGUUGACGUUACCAGGGAGAGAGCAGCUUUAAGUCAUAUGAUUUCCUCUUUAAAGUGAAGCCCUAAUGCCACCAACUUGUCGUAUGUGGCGUAACCACAUACCCCCUACUCCCACGUGCACACACAACUCUAUUGGGGCCUUUUCACUGAACAAAGCAGAGCACAUCCGUUUGUGCGGGCAGAGUGUGUGAGAAUGGGAUGGGUGGAAAAGGGCUCUUUUUAGUGGCUGCACCUGUCCUAUUUUACGAGGCACUAAUAAGCAGAUAACAGUCACUAGGCUGGGAAAAAAAUGAGUGAGAGCCAUUGAAAUUAGGCUGAAAUUAAUUAGGUCCUCCUCUGAAGUCCUGACUUUGCGUGGCCAGCAUCUAGAGCUUUGAGAGUUGAGUCAAAAAUGAAGAUUUCCCUGACCUUUCACCCAAUCCAGCAGUUCUUUCCUUCCUGUUUGAGCCCGAUUUGAUGCUUACCCCUGUCCUAACUAAGCGUGGCCCUGUGUCCGUCACCCUGUCCUGUGCGUCGGUGAGUGUCAGCAGUGGUGUCCACGCCUGCGCACUGCGAGUGAAAGUCCUUCUUUGCGCUCCAUGGUGUGGUGAGUAAUUCAGCCAUAAUCCGCCUUUCUCCUCUCCCCUCUUCUUUCCCCUCUCCUCUCCCCCUCUCCUGCGGUUCCAUUCAUAUUCUAAUCACAGCUUUCCCUUCUCCAGCUCUCAGGCACUCCAUCAGAGCCCUCCCAGCCUCGGGUUUUGCACUUUUACUUCCCCCCCUUUGUGACCGUUCCCUCUUCUCAGAGGCAUACCAAAAAUAAGGUUGCAAAAAAAAAAAAGAGGUGAGAACUCCACCAAAACAUUCACACUGGUGCGGUUUCAUCAUGUAUGGAUGUGUGUUGCGCCGCAGCUCUGGAAAAGUUACCACAAUAGUGCUUUGGGGGGUUUGAAUGAGGAGUGAGGAGCAGCACAAAUGCAGGCAACAAGUGUGUGAGGGAUGUGAAGUGGGAGUUAAAACCAGAAGGAAAGGCAAGAGUGGUGGUUGUGUAGAGAUGUAUGUUUAUUCGGAGCUCGGGGGUGUAUAAAAACGUAUUAAAUGCCAUAAUGGAAGACGGGGAGGCCACAGUGUUAGGACUGCGUAGAUCUAAGCCUCUUUUUUUUUUUUUUUCGUUGGGAGGGAGCUUUUCUUAUUCAAAACAGCCCCACAAAAGACUUCCAGUGAGCCUUGCCACAUCCCCAUCUGACUUGGGGCCAUUCAUCAGCCUUCCAAGCCUAUCAAUGACAUGUCCCCAUCAGGGCUCCUAUAAAAUCAGCCCCUUUCCCAUGAAACAUCAGCAAACAUUUUGACGGGUCUGGCUUUCCCCCCGCUGGAUUUCUGGAGUCUCUACCCCCCCGCCCCACACCCUCACCCCCUUCCUUUCCACCCUUAUUCCCACCUCCCCUCCUCUCCUCCGCCAACACCACCCCUCUCUUGGGCGAACCUCAGAUCCUCAACAUCUCCUGUGACGGGCAGCGGUCACGGAAACACAGAGCUAGGCGAGGGGAGAGCCACUGAGGAGGGGGAAACGUGCGCUAAGCCAUUUUCUUGGAGGAGUCAGUGUCGUUGAUGGGAAGAGGAUGCAUUGCGGGCUGCUGGAGGAGCCUGACAUGGAUUCCACAGAGAGCUGGAUUGAAAGAUGCCUUAAUGAGAGUGAGAGUAAGCGAUACUCCAGCCACACGUCUCUGGGGAACAUGUCCAAUGAUGAACAUGAAGAAAAAGAAAAUAACAGAGCCUCAAAACCACAUUCGACACCGGCUACGCUGGAAUGGCUAGAAGAAAACUACGAGAUAGCCGAAGGUGUGUGCAUCCCCCGAAGUGCCCUCUAUAUGCAUUACCUAGACUUCAGCGAAAAGCACGACACGCAGCCUGUGAACGCAGCCAGCUUUGGAAAGAUCAUAAGGCAGCAGUUUCCAGCACUGACUACCAGACGACUGGGAACAAGAGGGCAGUCAAAGUAUCACUACUAUGGAAUAGCGGUGAAGGAGACCUCCCAGUAUUAUGACGUGAUGUACUCCAAAAAGGGAGCGGCGUGGGUGAACGAGACGGGGAAGAAAGAGGCCACGAAGCAGACAGUGGCGUAUUCACCGCGCUCCAAACUGGGGACGCUCCUGCCAGAGUUUCCAAAUGUCAAAGACCUAAAUUUGCCUGCCAGCCUGCCAGAAGAAAGGGUGUCAACCUUCAUCAUGAUGUACAGAACACACUGUCAGAGGAUACUGGACACCGUUAUUCGGGCCAACUUUGAUGAGGUCCAGAGCUUCCUGCUGCACUUCUGGCAGGGCAUGCCGCCCCACAUGCUUCCUGUCCUCGGCUCCCCCACGGUGGUGAACAUCGUCGGUGUCUGUGACUCCAUCCUCUACAAGGCCAUCUCAGGUGUGCUGAUGCCCACCGUCCUGCAAGCACUGCCUGAUAGUUUAACUCAGGUCAUUCGAAAAUUUGCCAAACAGCUCGAUGAGUGGCUUAAAAUAGCACUUCAUGACCUUCCAGAAAACCUGAGGAAUAUCAAAUUUGAACUAUCGAGGAGAUUUUCUCAGAUCCUAAAGCGGCAAACAUCACUAAACCAUCUAUGUCAGGCAUCGCGGACUGUGAUAAACAGCGCCGACAUCACCUUUCAAAUGCUGGAGGACUGGAGGAACGUGGACUUGAACAGCAUCACCAAGCAGACACUUUACACCAUGGAGGACUCGCAGGAGGAGCACAGGCAGCUUAUUAUCCACUUGUAUCAGGAGUUUGAUCGUCUGCUGGAGGAGCAGUCGCCGAUCGAGGCUUACAUCGAUUGGCUGGACUCGAUGGUGGAUCGCUGCGUCGUCAAGGUGGCGGGGAAGAGGCCCGGGAGCCUGAAGAAGGUGGCCCAGCAGUUCCUGCUUAUGUGGUCGUGUUUUGGUACCAGAGUCAUCCGGGAUAUGACCCUGCACAGCGCGCCCAGCUUCGGCUCCUUCCACCUGAUUCACCUCAUGUUUGACGACUAUGUGCUUUACCUGCUGGAGUCCCUGCACUGCCAGGAGAGAGCCAACGACCUCAUGAGGGCCAUGAAAGGCGAGGGCAGCACAGCAGAGAGAGAGGAAGAAUUUACGCUGACAGAAACCGCCCCCGCCUCGCCGUCUCCGGGAUCCUACUCUCCCGCUCGGUCAGUCCACUCUGUGGGCGUCUCCUCGGCCAGCUCCCCCACAGCAGCCGUGUCCCCGGAGUACACCGGAGUACCUGCCACGACAGGCGCUGUUCAGUCAUAUACCUGGUCCCUUACAUACACAGUGACAACAGCAGGCGGGGCCGCUCCAGAGGCCGGGCAGCAGCUGUCCUGUAUGAGGAGCAGCGCUCCCGUACCCCCUCCAUCUUCUGCCCACAGGAUGCCAGUCUACAGGGAGGAGCACGGGUAUACUGGUAGCUACAACUAUGGCAGUUACGCCAACCAGCAUCCUCACUCCAUCCAGAGCCAGUACCCGAGUUUGGCCCACGAGCCGACGAUCCCAGCCCCGCUGCACUACUCCGCCUACCACCGUACAUCUGCACAGUACCAGCUCAACAGCCAGAUGUCCCGAAUGGAGCCGUGCCUGAUGGGCAGCACUCCUCGGUUGCACCCCACACCUGUUGCCCCCCGGUGGCCAGAUGUGUCACCAGGUAACAGCUGUUACACCAGCCCGCCUAUGCAUUCGUCCCGCUAUACCACCUCUGGGGAUAUGUACUCACCCCUGGGCCCACGCAGGAACUCAGAGUAUGAACACUCGCAACAUUUCCCCGGCUUUGCCUACAUCAACGGGGAGGCCACCACCGGCUGGGCCAAAUAGCCUUAAAUCUGAGAGCUGUGAACACUUUCCAAUCAAGCGCAUGAAAAAAAAAAAAGGGAACGGAGAGUAAAAUGCGCCAACGUAAGGUAAAACGAAUCACGGCGUGGAUGUUCUGACAAUUUUAAAACACGCAUUACAUCAAUCGCAUCCAAUGAUUGGCUGCAACUUGUGGGGAGGUUUAUUAAAGUUUCUUCAGCAGUCGACAGAAGAAAAACAAAAUAAGAUUGCAGCAAAAUCAUUUUGAGAGUGCAAUGCUGCUGCCAAGCUGUGCCUUCGAUUUAAGGAAUGUACACCUCUGCCAGAGUUUCCCUCAUCCACGAGGUCGGGCGCACACGCGGUCCCACCAACCCGCCCGCCCCUCCGUCAGUGAUGUCCAGCGACUGACGGCUCUGCGUGCUCUAAGCUGUACAAUCUCAGUCUCCUCUUGUUGCUCAGCAGUAUCCUGUCGUGAGCCCUCUGCAGCAGAUGCUUGCACUGCAGCUCGAUGAUGAUGAUGAUGGACUGCACUGCCUUAACAUUCUCCUGGGAUACUUAACAUCACAGGUGACCGAUAUAAACUCAAGAAAGACCUUGAUGGGUGUGUUAAGGUUUCUUCAUCUUGGAUACUUUUUUUUUUUUAAAUGAUGAACAAUGUGACUUAGAAAGAAAAAAAGUGUAUUCUGUCGCAAGCCUUUCUGCUGUUUUUCUGUGACUAUAUAUCUAUACACACACACACACACACACACACACACAAACACACACACACACAUAUAUAAAUAUAUAUAUAGUAUGUAUUUUCUGUAACUUUGUAACAUGGUGUAUCCUUUAUUUUCUAUGUUACAAUUGGUACUUUGUUCUCUGUUUUGUAUCGCUAGUAAAGACGCAUUAACCUAGGGUUGUGUGUUCUAUAUAAUGCACUCAAAGCUACUGAGGACCUAUUACCCUAUGGGUAUUUAUAAAAAGGGAAAAAUAUCAAAGUGUACAGUAACAUGAAGUCUAGUCACUUUUCUGUAAAUAAAAGCACUGGAAACCAUCCGUGGUGACUGUUAGACUAUCACAGUUAAAACUGGUGUGUAUGUGUGAAAUAUGUUGACACAUAAAUUUAAAACCGUGAGA